CGGCCCAUUUCGAAUCCCUGAACACUGAGAAUCUCAGGUAUCAGUUAAACAAACACUUCCUUCACUUCACUAGCUUGCCGCCCAAACACACACUCUCUCUCUCUCUCUCUCUCUAGGUUCUGCUUCAACUCGGGCUUUAAUGGAGAUUGAUAACCCACCGUCAUCUGAUAAAGCCAAAGAAACUGAUGACAACUUUGCAAUAGUUCUUGAGCUAUCUGAAGAUGACCCGCAUUUUGAUAAAAAGAAGAAAUUACUUCAGAAUAACGGUUUUAACCCCAAGGAACAGGUUUAUCUUAAGAGCUCUUCAGGUCCUGAUUGGAUAAGUACCACCUUGAAAGUAAUGCUUCAAAUAGCAAGAAUCAUACAAUUAGAUGAGGUAGAACUCUAUUUUGGGGAGGAUGAUGCUUGUUCAUCAGUGGAAUAUUACAGCCCCAGGAAUGAGGUAGAGGCUCUUAAUUCAAUCCUUUCGCUUCUUGACAUUUCACUGUCAAGUGGUAUGUGCAUGCAAAUGAAUGUCCUGCAAGAACUUCGGGAAGCAAUUAUUGGUAUGAUCCGUGACUUUGGGGACAAAAACAGUGUGAAGACUACAAUUUUAGAAAACCACAGCUGUGGUAAAGAAGAAUGUUUGUUGCAAUGGGGUGAAAACAAUGGCAUAAGGACAAGGUUGCAGAUAGCUUAUGUCGAAGGUGCUGGUAGAGGAGCCAUAGCAAGAGAAAAUCUAAAUGUUGGAGACAUUGCUGUGGAGAUCCCUGUAUCUACUGUCAUUUCUGAGGAGCUAAUCCGUGAAUCCAACAUGUUUCAUAUAUUAGAAAAGAUUGAUGGCAUCUCUUCUGAGACAAUGUUAUUGUUGUGGAGCAUGAAGGAGAAGCACGAUUGUAAUUCAAUAUUCAAGAUCUACUUCAAUACCCUUCCAGAAGAAUUCAAUACAGGGUUGAGCUUUGGCAUUGAGGCAAUCAUGGCUUUGGAUGGAACCAUGCUGUUGGAAGAGAUAGUGCAAGCAAAACAGCACUUACAAACUCAAUAUGAUUCGUUAUUUCCCACAUUGUGUAAUGAUCAUCCUGAUAUAUUUCCACGGGAGGUAUACACCUGGGAGCAAUUCUUAUGGGCUUGUGAACUCUGGUACUCAAAUAGUAUGCAAGUAAUGUUCCCUGAUGGAAAGCUAAGGACGUGCUUAAUUCCUAUUGCUGGAUUUCUAAACCAUUCGAUAUACCCACACAUUUGGCACUAUGGCAAAGUAGAUCCUGCAACAAAUUCCUUGAAAUUCUGUCUAUCAAGACCAUGCAGUGAAGGAGAACAAUGCUUUCUUAGUUAUGGGAACUUCUCUAGUUCUCAUCUAUUGACUUUCUAUGGCUUUUUACCACAAGGAGACAACCCAUAUGAUGUUAUUCCAAUGGAGUUUGAGGCUGAACAGGAAGAUUGUAUGGAGGGUAACCCCAGAUUAGACUGGACCACUCACAUGGUGCGGGGUACGUGGCUCUCAAACAACCACAAUAUCUUUUAUUAUGGCUUGCCACCGCCAUUAUUGGACUAUCUACGGAGAGCUAAAAAUCCUAUGCUGCAGACCAAGUCCCUUCUACAAUCUAACUUGGAAAAUGAAAUGGAAGUUCUUGGAGACCUUCUCUCGACCUUUGAUGGCAUGAUGGAAAAUCUUGGUGAAACAGAUCUUAAUGACAGAGAAAACGCCAGUUGGGAUGUAAGGCUGGCAGAGGAGUUCAAAGAUCAACAAAGAAGAAUUGUUUCUUCAGUUUUAACCUCAUGUCAUAAGGGUCUCAGGUUGGUGGAAAAUGAAUUGCGCAAAUGCAUGAACGAGGACACCCGUGGUUAGAUGAGCUGGCUGGAGGCAUUUAUGUAAACCAAAGAAGAAAAACUAGCAUGACGCACAUUGCUCUGUCCUGGUGGAGCAAGCCAAUUGUGACUGUAAGUCUGUAACGCUAGUCUUGUUCUUAUCAAAAUUAGGCCACUCGGUCAUUGACCUAUCACUGCCCUACGAAGUGGCAAAAAAGUUUUGUUUGUACUGAUGAGAUAUUAGUAGCACAAGCGUGGAAUAUUAUCUUAGUGAUGAUACAUUAGAUUCUCAAUCAAAUUUUGUGCCUAUAUUCUUCGGUUAUAGUGUUGUAGUGACCUACUCAACUUAAAUCUAACUUUUUGUGGUGUGACAUUAGUAGGAUUGGCCUCAAGAAAAGCAUGCGCAUUACUUUUUAAA